CAGCCAAUAGCCAAUUAGACUACAGAGAGUGAAGUUGCAGAUCUCCCGCGAGGGAACAGACGAGAAGGGACCAGAGCUCAGAGCUGUCGGCGUAGUCCUGCGGGAUGGGAGCUUAGCGCCCUCUGUCGGCCAGUGCGGGAGAUGCAACAAAGUGGCUCCUGGCUGUGUUACGUUGUCCUUUCUCCCCCGCAGACGAUGGAUGACCUUUCACCGGUGCUUCAGCCGCACAGGGAAGGAGCCUCCCGGUAUGGCUACACCAUGUUUCCAGGACUUGAGUCCGAGUCUGAAGCCGAGUUGUCCCUCAGCCUGGCCAUCACCAAAACCCGCUCUUACGGGAGCACAGCCAGUGUGGCGGCCCCCCUUGCCGAGAAGUACAUCGAGCACCGCCUGAGUCCCAGUGAUACUCUGCAAGGCAUCGCGCUCAAGUACGGGGUGACGAUGGAGCAAAUUAAAAGAGCCAAUAAGUUAUUUUCUACCGACUGUAUAUUUCUGCGGAAGUCCUUGAAUAUUCCAGUUAUCUCAAAGAAGGUCUCCCUGUUUAAUGGACUUGGCUCAUUGGACUCUCCCGAGAAUGAAACCCAAGAUACUUGUAGUUCUCCAACAGAAGAGUCUGCAUUAGCUGAGGCUCAUACUGUCUCUAUAGCCAGCUCUAUACAAACAAAUCAGCCUAUUGUUAGGUCAGAUGAAGAGCUGUCAGCCAAAGACUUUCUUCAGAGACUGGACUUCCAGAUAAAGAGGUCUACUCAGGCAGCCCAGAGGCUAAAAGAAGAAGAAGACCUCAGACAUGACAACUCCUAUGCAACUUGCUCCUAUCAACAUUAAGAAACAAGAAGACAUCUGGUCUUGGGAAAGCAAUGGCUGUGGUUCCACAUAUACCAAACAUCUAAUCUGAAAGACUUCCUGUCUGACAAGUCUAUUGUCGAUAUUUUUACUAUGAUUGCACUGAUAUUGAUUUAUUUGCAAGAGUUCAGUGUCCUUAUUAUAUUGCCUUCAAAUACAUAUGGCAGCCUUUAAAACAUAUAUUUAUAUAUUAAAAGCAAGUAAUUUGCAGACACGUCAAAUGAACUAUUAGCUGCAUCUUUUGAUUUUAAAAAAGGGACAUGAAUGACAUAUCUGCACUCCUAUGACAUUCUGUUACAUGGCUGCAGACUGUAUUUCAUUUGCAAUAGUCUAUCCAUAUUUUAUUUUCACUGCUCAUUUUAUCAAUAGUUUAGUCACUUUUUUGGGUUAUCUUUUUUUAUUGCUGUUAAGACCCACAGAGGUAUGUUGAGUGCAAAUGACUUUCCGGUAUUUCAGUGUGAUUUUAUUGUUUUUUCUGACUCGAUUUUUUUAAAAAAAAUAAACUUCUUUCCGUGACUUA